AGCAAACCGGGGCAUCAGCGACGAACGGCCGACGAACGACCUGCGUGCAACACGGAUGACACAUAGCACACGGACAAGGCGUGCCGCAUCUUGCCUACGGGUGGCCGUGAGAAGCGGAAUGUUUUCACUUCAUGAGGAGGUCAUUCUGCAAGACACACCAGCGCAGGAGAUCAAGAAGCGGUGAGAAGUCGUGUAGGUGUGCAGCUGCCACUGAGUAGGACUCACCUUGUAGGCAGACUUGCCCCGCUCGCAGGGCUCAAGAACUCAUCCAAAGCGAAGCGAUCGCCAGAUCUGCGAGCGGAAGAUCUUGGAGAUCUCCAGCUUGGGAGCGGCCGCCAGGACAGUCAGAGCAUCGCUGACACCGUCGGUACUCAGAUCCGCUGCAAUCUCGACACACAGGCAACCACAGGCUGAUUGGCUUUCCUAUCUCUCCUUGCCAUAGGGACGAGCGGAUGUCACACCCAUCAUCUCCCCGGGUGCAGACGCACAAGGAAACCGCCGACCAACUCAUCGAGGCAGAGCGACAGAUCAGGCAACAGCAGGAGCGGCUUACUCAUGCAGAUCUCGAGAGGCGACUGGCAGCUGUGGAGAGGCAGCAGGCGGCCUGGCGCGAUGAGCAGCAGACAGCCACCAUCAGGCAGCUGCAGGACAGCAACGCGGCGAUGGGGUCCAAGAUAGAUGCUCUCAAGGCGCAGCUGGUGGAGGGUGACACGGCACUGGCUGAGAGUGAGAAGCACGUGGGGACCGCCCGAGCCGAUGUCGAGGCCUUAAAAGUGGUACUGGCGCAGCUGGUGAGCGGGAUGGAAAGCGCAGCCGUGCGCAGAAGGACAGUGAGGCAUUGAGAGCCGAGAUGGCGGGAAAACAGAAGCGGCUGACCGAGGCUGACACGACCAUCAAGACCCUCCAAGCGAAGCAGAGAGGAGAGAGCCCCCCGCCAGUUUUUGGUCGUCUUUGGCUUUCUUAUUUAUUCUUUGUGUCCUGUCCUGCGGCAAGUUACUUGCCUGCCCUGCCCCAUCGUUUCCUUCACUCUUCGACCUAGCGAGCGUGGUGAUGAGCUUUUUGGGGCUGCUUUGUGUGAUCUGCCGGGGGGCUCGUGAACAAGGGUGGCUGAUAUAUAUAUAUGAAGGGCACUGAAGACAGAGCGGUCCAGCAGACCCCUGUGUGUGACUGAUGGAUGGAUGGAUGGUCUUCUGGCUGAUGUCGUGGUGUGUCGUGAGUGUGCUGUGUCUGACCUUCCUCUGAUGGUCAGAGGUUGCUGGGUCUCCUUGUUCGCGAUUCAGGCAGGCAGGCAGGUUAGGCAGAUCGAUCGAUCACGUGCAUUUUUGCAGCUAUCCUGCCUGCCAUCGUUCACACGUAUGGCAAGUGUGCAUCUGGUACUCAUUUUGCGUAGCGGGGAGAUGUGGGGGUGUAUGAGGUCGGGAAAAUAUGACGCUGUAUAGAUGAGACCUUGCGUGUGUGGUGCGCUUUAUUGACUUUGUAUACGGUUGCGCGACAGACAGAUAUGACUAUGGUCGAAUGGAGCAGCGUGAUUGACCACUAAAUCCC